AAAACUUUACUGUAAGCCUAAUUUAAAAUUAAUAAAUUCGAUCUUUACAGUAGAUAUAGCCUUUGUUAAACCAUCUGCUAAAAUUUCGCUUGUAGAAAUAUAUUCCAGUUGUAAUGACUUAAUGCUACUUAUCUCGUAUAAAUUUCGCUUUGUUUCUGUGAGCAACCCUUAACAACGAGCCUUGCUUUAUAACGAACAAACGCACCUUCAGCGUUGCGCUUAGUUUUAAAAACACACUUCGAAUUUAUUGUUCCUCCACCUUCAGGUGAUUUCGCAAGCACCCAGGCUUUGUUUGACUUGUGAGAAUCUAUCUUCUCUUCCACCGCGCACCUCCAAUCACCUGCAUCAAGACUUACAGGAUUAUCAGCAUCAAAAACUAUGCUUAACAACAAACUACUUUUGGCUUUGUUUUCAAUACGCUCUGAUGGACGGACUACACACUUGUUGUUAGCGGUAUAGCGAAUACAUUUCUUGAGAAAUAAUUAACAAAAACCAACAAAAAUCUUGCGCCGCUAAGUCACUUUUCACACGGGCAACUUUUGUUGCUUAUUCUCCGGCGAUUCUGUUUUGCUGUCGCCCCUUGCGUUCACACGAGCAAUUCUUGUUCGACAACUCUGGUCGUCUUUUUUUCUGUCAUUCUCUUUCAUAUAAUUUUCUCAACUUCUUGUACGCAUCGUUUCCAAGCAAAAAAAUAUAUUUCAUUAACUAAUUUUUAUCGUUAUUCUCAAUUUUCUAGCACAUUUUAAUUAUAUUAUGUAUAUUUCUAUAUGUAUUUGCAAAUUACAUACAAAAUUAAAUGAUUAAAUUCAAAUUUUCAAAUAUAUUGUAAACAUUAAUUUUAAAAUGUGUGCAAAUGCAACACUGUUAAGCAGCAGCCACUGUUACGAAUAAGAACACAAAGCGUGUUGCCUGAACACAGCAGACUCGGCGCGAUUCUCCUCUCCUCGUCGCCCCCUCUCCUAUAAAACUAAGAAUUGCCGCGACAAAAAUUGCCUGUGUGAAAGGGGUCUAAACGAUUUUGUGCUAAUUGGACCAAGUACUACAGUUCGCAAACUAUCGAAGGCACUAUUGAUGGGGUAUGCUAGACUAUCGACAAUAUUUAAAAUAAUUUUUUUUCUUAUAAUCAUUUUAAUUUUGGUACGUUCGAUUUUGAGUAAUAGUUUAUGUGCUAACCUUCGAUGCCAAAGUUCAAAACUGUCAAUUGUUGUCAUUGCUUUUCAUCACUACUUCGUUUACAUAAUCCUGUACGGAUUCAAAUUGUUCCAGUUUUAACUGCACCAGCUUUUUCAAAAGCUCUACCUUGCGAGUUAAACGGCUAUUCUCAUACGCUGCAAUUAAAGAAUCCCAUGCGUCUUUGCAGACACUGCACUAGCAAUAUGUGGGAAAUUACAUGGCUCCAAUAUGAGCGUAAUCUCCGCCAGUGCUUGUUCAUUUUGUCAUAGUCUUUUUCUGAUGAACCCUCGGACAAACCGUUUUGGGUUAUUUUUCAACUUUGAACAAAAUAUAUAAAUUUUAUUAAAAUGAAAGGUUUCAGUACGGCAACAAUGAAUUGUUGUCUGAUAUGUCUGAUAUGCAAAAAAAGGCGGUUGAAUGAUUUUUUUCAGAAUCCUCAUGGUUUUUCAUGGCGCUAGAAGUAAUCACCCAUUAUUCGAAAUCAGUUUCCAUUAAUUGAUCAUCGUUAUCUUCGUUCGUUCGAUUUAUAGAAGAGAAUUUCUAUGAAAGUUUACCUUUAUUGGAAAAUCAAGAGUUCGAGAUAUUUAGAACUUCGAAUUAAGGAAGUUUGAGUUAUGGAAGUUCAACUGUAUUUAUACCUAAAAAUUUUCAGAGUAAAUAAGAAAAUACGGAAACAAUGUGAUGCAUAUACGGGUGUUGCAAAAUCAAAAACAAUUAAUAAUAAGUUCCACUAAAACAGUGACUCCAAAACUGUAAUGAUAAAAUUUUUGCUGUGACUCUACUAAAAUGGUGCUGUUAACUACUGUUAGAUAUGUAGGUAUCAGAGAACGGCAUUUGCUGAAUGAAAAACAUUCGUACGCGCUCAACAGCCGAAUAAUCACACUGUUCGGAUCAGCCGAUCAAACUUGCCUGAGCUCACAUUUUCGUUGUUGAUUUUAAAUUCACUCGUGUGUGUGCGAUUUUUUGUUUCACUCCGAGUUUGUUCGGCUCGUGUUCAAUAUAAUGAUUUCGGGCGCUUGCUCAUUCGGUUCAACAAUCAUUGUUUUGAACAAGAACAACACUCAACUCGCAAAAAUCAACUCGUAUGAUUUUACUCAUGCGCGCAGCAAGCGGCACUUUUUCUGCACAGAUGAAAUGUGAGAAGAAGAACAAGACAAGCUACAACAACAAACUGCAUAGAAAUUGUUACGGUACAUGCAGUCGUAACGCUCACAUCGUGCCGUCUUGUCGCCAAUCGUUUACUCAUAAUCGAUCAACUCAAAUUGAACAGAAUGAUGCUUUCGUCAACAUAUGUUCAUUUAAUUGAACGCUGACUUUUGUUCAGUGAGUUGAAUUGAGUGAGAAAUUUUGAACCGAGGACUCAAAAUCUUCGGAAUGAUGUGUACGGCAAAAUGAGUUGAUUUUUACUCAUCACUCUGUUUUUUUCAGUGAGUUGAAGUGAAUGAAGAAUUUCGCGUAUGAGUAAAUCAAGAAAAUAGUGAUUUUUGCAGUUCUCUGGUAGGUAUCUUCAUACAAACAGCACCCCUCAAACUGCACACAAUCAAUUAAAAUACUCAGUAGGAAUUGCUUACACAAAACAAAGUUGCAUCAAAAUAAAUAUGAACCAAUAACCUCAGCGCUGAAAGAUUUAUAAUAUUCAAAGAAAUUCACAAACUAGGUAAUUCAGAUUAGAUCAUUGAAAAAUCUUACUUAUUAAUAAAUUUAUAAAUUCUGUAUUAACUACAGUGGAACUUUCAUAACUCGAAGAUCUCCAUAACUCGAACACUUGAAUUGGCAAUUGGAUGUUGCAUCAGAAUAAAUACGAACCAAGAACAAGAAUUUAAUACAAAUUUCCUUCCUUAACUCCAAUUUCUAUAACUCCAUAACUCGAACUUUUGAAGUGGCAAUAGAAGGCAACUUUCAUACAAAUUUCCUUCCAUAAAUCGAACUUUUUGGUCAGGGCAUAAUACAAAAUUUAAAAUUUUUCUAUCGGGGUAAAAUUUUAGAUGAGUUCCUCUCCCCUCUUAUGGAGACGAACAAAAGUAUGAUAUUACACUUAUGAAAUGCAUAAAUCAUGGAACAAAGGCAUGGAAUACAAACGUCAAGAGCCAAAAAAUUGCAAACUGCAACAAAAAAAAUCAGAAUACCUGUUUUAAUGUAUUUAAAUAAACCUUUUUGCGAAGUAAAUAUCAAAAACUGUUUUUAAAACUAUGUAUAUUUUUCAGAUAUUGGAAAAAUUUAUGUUUUAAUGAAAAUUCCUAUAACUCGACGUCUCUCUAACUCGAAGGGUUUAUAUACAGUUAGACGGCCGAAAAAAAGUGAAUUUUCCAGAAUUUUUUCUGAGAAAACUUUUUAAUUUAUUGAUCCAAAAAUUUAUACACAUAUUAUGGUAUCUUUUAACUGUAUUUUAAGACUUAGUACUAGUAAAAAUAUUUAUUUGAAAAAUUUGAAAAAAAAAUAAUUUUCGGAGAGAAAAAAUCUUCGAUUAAUUACUAAAAAAUAUAUUUAAGAAGGUCUUGUUAAAAUUUGAGACUAAUCGGUCUAGCCGUUUUCGAGAAAUGUUGGUCACCGACUUUGAAAACACCAUUUUGAGAAAAAGGCGCUGCCGCUCGGACCUUGUACUUCCAAGCACUCUGAAACGCCUUUUCAAAUUUGCUUGUAACUUUCAAAAUAUUCACCGGAACGAUAUGAAAUUUUCUGUGUGUAUUCUUAAAUAUAUGUACAUUAAAAAAAAUGAAAUAAAAAAAUCGAUUUUUAGAAAAUUCUAACUGUAUAUAACCCCUUAAUGCAUUCGAUCUUCAAAAUUCGCAAAAUACUGGCAACCGAUCUGAGCAGUAGCCUGAUUUUGACAUUCUGGAUGCUACAAGUGUUGAAUGUAAUAAAUAAUUUGCAAUAAAGGGAGACUGUCGACUGAAAACUGUGUCAUGUUCGCAGAUAAUGGAUUUUUUGAUAUCGAACUUAAACUUCGGACGGAAUGGGAGAAGUGCUCAUGGAUGUGGACGAGGUAUCCAGUGGCGACAACAAUGGCGAGCUGGUCGAUGGUAUUACUGGCGACAACGGCUCCGGGGACAUUGUUACUGGUGAUGCUGCAGGUACAGAUGGCGGUAACGGCAGCAAUGUUGAUGACGAUAUGUCCUAAAGAAAAAAUUGUUUUAAGUUAAUACGAUAAAGAAAUAAAAAGAUGAAAUUUAAGCUUACCACAGUUAAUGAUUCAUAAAUUUCUGCAUUAUUGGCUGCAGUCAGCCCUAUGAUUUGAUGCACCGCAUCAAAAUAUUUCCACGUCGAUGGGCUGCCCCCCGAUGGGCCAGUUUUCUUCUUUUCUUCUCUACAAUUUCACAAAGGUUAAUAAUGUUAAAAAUGUUUUAUAAUAGCAUAGUAUACCUGUAUCUUUGUGAUAAGUUUCUAAUUUUAAUAUGGACUUCCUUCGGAGUAAAUUUAUGUGCCAUUUGCACAGAUAUAUCGGCAUAUAUAUGCAAAUUGCGCUUGGCACGUCUUAAAUCAUCGGCCCGCUCACGCCACAAGUCAA